AUGGCUACUACAACGAGGACGACCCAACAUGCUCUGAGAAGCCUUCGUGCUGCCUCGUCAACCCGCCCUUACGGCUCCUUCAUCCUCCGGACGUACACCUCUGCCGCCGAGCCCGACCUCAAGGCCACGCUACAGUCUGUGAUUCCCGAGAAGAGAGAAUUGCUCAAGCAAGUCAAGAGCCAUGCCGACAAGAAGAUUGGAGACAUCACCAUCGGCCAAGUCAUUGGCGGUAUGAGAACAAUGAAGUCCAUGGUCUGGGAGGGCAGUGUGUUGGACGCCAACGAAGGAAUCCGUUUCCACGGCCGAACCAUCGCCGACUGUCAAAAAGAGCUUCCCAAGGGCACCUCUGGGACAGAGAUGUUGCCUGAGGCGAUGUUCUGGCUCCUUUUGACCGGCAAAAUCCCGUCUACCUCUCAGGUCCGAGCCCUCUCGCGCGAAUUAGCCCAGCAAUCGGAUCUCCCACCCCAUGUCAUCUCCAUGCUACGCUCCUUCGACAAGAACGUCCACCCAAUGACCCAGCUAUCCUGUGCUGUUGCCGCGCUAAAUAGCGAGUCCACGUUCGCCAAGAAGUAUGCUGAGGGCAUGAACAAGGCAGACUACUGGGAGUCUACCUUUGAUGACAGCAUCGGCCUUCUCGCCAAGCUGCCUCGUGUCGCUGCCGCCAUCUUUGACAAGUCUGCGCUCGACAUGCCUUUGGACAUGGAUCAAGACUGGGCCUACAAUUUCGCCAAGCUCCUUGGGAAGCCAGGGAAGGAAAAUGAAGGGUUCCAGGAUCUGCUUCGUCUAUACCUUGCCCUCCACGGAGAUCAUGAGGGUGGUAAUGUCUCGGCUCACGCAACGCACCUAGUCGGCUCCGCACUUUCUGAUCCGUUCUUGUCGUACUCUGCUGGCUUGUUAGGUUUGGCUGGACCUUUGCAUGGCCUUGCAGCCCAGGAGGUGCUUCGAUGGAUCCUGAAGAUGCAAUCUCAAAUUGGUGAGAAUUUCUCUGACCAGGACGUCAAAGACUACCUUUGGUCUACUCUUCGCUCUGGUCAGGUCGUCCCCGGUUAUGGUCACGGUGUGCUCCGCAAGCCUGAUCCACGGUUCAAGGCCUUGAUCGACUUCGGCGAUGCCCGUGAGGAUAUCGCAAAGAAUCCAGUAUACCGACUGGUCAAGAAGAACAGUGAAAUUGCACCAGGUGUGCUCACCGAACACGGCAAGACCAAGAACCCUCACCCUAAUGUCGACAGUGCCUCAGGUGUCCUCUUCUACCACUAUGGCUUCAAGAACCCCCUGUACUACACUGUUACUUUUGGAGUGAGCAGAGGCCUAGGCCCGUUGGCGCAACUGAUCUGGGAUCGUGCUCUGGGCAUGCCGAUUGAAAGACCCAAGAGUAUUAACCUUGAAGGCCUCAUGAAGUUGGUGUAA